AUGGCGCCCAGCUCGAAAUCGGAGCGGAACAGCGGGGCCGGGAGCGGCGGUGGCGGCCCCGGGGGCGCCGGGGGAAAGCGGGCAGCGGGGCGACGGCGGGAGCACGUCCUCAAGCAGCUGGAGCGGGUCAAGAUUAGUGGGCAGCUCUCUCCUCGCCUCUUCCGGAAGCUGCCACCCAGGGUCUGCGUCUCUCUCAAGAACAUUGUGGAUGAAGACUUCCUCUAUGCAGGACACAUCUUCCUGGGCUUUUCCAAGUGCGGCCGUUAUGUUCUCUCCUACACGAGCAGCAGUGGGGACGACGACUUCUCUUUCUACAUCUACCACCUGUACUGGUGGGAGUUCAACGUGCACAGCAAGCUCAAGCUGGUCCGCCAGGUGCGGCUCUUCCAGGACGAGGAGAUCUACAGUGACCUAUACCUGACUGUGUGCGAGUGGCCCAGUGAUGCCUCCAAAGUCAUUGUCUUUGGCUUCAACACCCGCUCAGCCAACGGCAUGCUCAUGAACAUGAUGGUGAUGAGCGACGAGAACCACCGGGACAUCUACAUCAGCACUGUGGCUGUGCCGCCUCCGGGCCGCUGUGCCGCCUGCCGAGACGCCAGCCGCGCCCACCCAGGUGACCCGAGCGCACAGUGCCUGCGGCACGGCUUCAUGCUGCACACCAAGUACCAGGUGGUCUACCCCUUCCCCACCUUCCAGCCCGCCUUCCAGCUCAAGAAGGACCAGGUGGUGCUGCUCAACACCAGCUACUCUCUGGUGGCCUGCGCCGUCUCGGUGCACGCGGCAGGAGACAGCAGCUUCUGCCAGAUCCUAUACGACCACACCACCUACCCCCCGGCCCCUCCCAGCCCCCCUGGACCCCAGAGCCCAGAGUUACCCCCUGUUCUCCCCAGCCUCUGCCCUGAAGCAGCCCCAGCCUGGCCCUCUGGGACCCCCGAUCCCUCGCCUGCCAUUGCCAAAGCCAAGGAGUUUGUGGCUGACAUCUUCCGCCGGGCCAAAGAGGCCAAGGGUGGGACCUCGGAGGAAGUCCGGCCACCCCCCUGCCCAGGGCCUUCAGGCAGCCGCUGCCGCCUGCCCUCUGAGCCCCUUGGCCCAGGUGGGGAGGCGGUGCCCCGGGACAGCCCCCCUGCAGCAGAGGCGCCCGCCCCAGAGCCUGGAUACGUCAACUACACCAAGCUCUAUUACGUGCUGGGGUCCGGUGAGGGGACAGAGCCAGAGGAUGAGUUCGAGGAUGACAAGAUCUCCCUGCCCUUCGUGGUGACUGAUCUCCGAGGUCGCAACCUGCGGCCCAUGCGUGAGCAGGCCGCCGUCCAGGGUCAGUACCUGACAGUCGAGCAGCUCACACUGGACUUCGAGUAUGUCAUCAACGAGGUGAUCCGCCAUGAUGCCACUUGGGGUCACCAGUUCUGUUCCUUUAGCGACUAUGAUAUUGUCAUCCUGGAGGUCUGCCCAGAAACCAACCAGGUCCUCAUUAACAUUGGCCUGCUGCUCCUGGCGUUCCCAUCCCCCACCGAGGAAGGCCAGCUCCGACCAAAGACCUACCACACCAGUCUCAAGGUGGCAUGGGACCUCAACACAGGCAUCUUUGUGACAGUCAGUGUGGGCGACCUCACUGAGGUCAAAGGACAGACGAGCGGCAGCGUCUGGAGCUCAUAUCGCAAGAGCUGCGUGGACAUGGUCAUGAAGUGGCUGGUGCCCGAGAGCAGCGGCCGAUACGUCAACAGGAUGACCAACGAGGCCCUGCACAAAGGGUGCUCACUGAAAGUUCUGGCUGACAGCGAGCGAUACACGUGGAUUGUGCUGUGA